AUUAUGAGUAUCGAAGGUGUUUUAUCCUACUCAAAUGUGCAUCUCUGGCAGCUGAAAUCAGUUUUGAAUGUUGCAUCGCUUCAUAUUCAAGUAACCGAUGAUGCGAAUGACCAAAUUGUACGACAGAAAGCGAUCAAAAUAUUAAAAUCUGCCAAUAUAUCACAGGCCUCUGUUCAAGUUGAAAAAGAAACAUUUUUCCAUCGGAUACGAGCCCUAUGUCCAACGUACAAAAUUCCAUCACGUGUAACAAGAGGAGUUUCAAUUGGUGGCAUUUCUUCAUCUUCUGCUGCAUGUGGCGGCGAUCAUUCUCAUCAUCAUCAUCACGAUAAUAGCUGCUCUCAUUCACAUCCAUGGCCACACGAAACUGGCCCAACUCAUGUUGCGGUAAUUAUUUUUUAUGCGUAA